GUAAUCUUUUGCAGGCAUUGCAGUGAUUUAAAGGAUUGAAGGAUGGAUUCGGAAAGAACAGACGAUCAGGAUCAAGACAACAACGUCGCUCAGAACAAUGGAGAUAUAGAGAAAGAAUUUGAAUCUUUUGCUGGGUAUAAAAUAACGAAACGCACAGAAGAUAAAAAAUGGUGUUUACUAGAAGCAGAAGUGAAAAAAGAUAAAGGCCCUCCACAAAAGAUUGAGAUAAAUGAAUGGAAUGGUAUUCCACAAUUGAAACAAAUGACCUACAAACCAAAGUUAUAUCUCAUUUUUGAAACCAAAGAUCCUACCAGUGAAACAUUGAUUGAUGAAAUACGACAGUUCUCUAAAAAGAAGAAGUUGCCAUGUCAUAUGAUAGAGCAGAAACUGGUAUUUCUCGGAGACAACACUAGUUCUGUUUGCACCAAUAGACAUACGUCAGACGAAUCUAUAAAGAAACUAGUAAAAAAAGGAUGCUCGAUAUUUCAAAGAGGGAAUACAGUAAAGGACGAGUGUGAAAUCAGUUACUUCAAGAGAAUGACUGAAGCUGUCAUAGGAGAGAAAGUUCUGCCAGUGAUUGUUUCAUUAAGCAACGGAGAACAAACAGAAUACACGCGGGAAAAUGCAAAAAAGUUAAAGAUUCCAGUUGUGCAAUUCAAGAAGAACAAUUCUAACGUGUACGAGCUGACGAACGGAAAUAAUGUAGAUCUGAACACUCCAUGGGAUGCAAGGAAACCACCUUCUAUACAUGCGAAUAAUGAUCACGAAGAUAUAUCAUCCCUUUCUGAAAUCCAUUGCACAAUGGAUUUGGACCUCUUGAUUUGUAACCUGCUCAUCGGAGUUUUAAUGACAGGAGAAGAUGCGAUAUAUGGAGAUGAUACAGAAAUAUAUUGGAAUGCAUUAUCUAUGUAUCUUUUGAAAAUUGGUAAAUGGCAAAUCCCGAAAAAUGAUGUAAUUAGAUCGUUUAAUCAUCGUUCGCUGGAAUACAUCUACGAAAAGGAACUGACAACGGAAUUUGAAAAUGGUAUAUGGAAAGACUUAAAGAAGUUGAGUGGCAAUGCAUUUAUCCCACCUGAAGCAUGUAAAUUUAUAUCAACAACAAUAAAGAAAUCUUCUAGGAAAGAUAACGCAGAAAUACCAGACUUAAAUGGUGAAUCAGUUGCUUUACACACAUUACACGAAACGUCUUAUGAAGAAAAGGAAACAAUUUUGAAUGCUUCCAAUCAUGAAUUAUAUGGACUGAUUUUCUACGCCUUGCUCCAAAAGCAAUAUUUUGCCGGUUCAAAACAGCUUGUAGAAACUGGAUAUAUUCACAUUAAGCCUAUCCUAGUUGGAAGUUCUAUUCUAAAGGAUGCUGAAAGGAAUUGGAAGACAACACCUGUGCAAAAAGAAACAUUGCAAAGAUUGAACAAUGCUUUUACUCAACGAGCUAUUACAAUCACGCAAUGUAUUUACGAUGAAGAAAGUGAAAAGGAAGAAAAAAAAAACCACGGAACAAAUAAUGAACACAAUGAAGAUGUAGAAUUAGAACUUGGGUAUCCUGUCAAUCACUCAGGUAGACUGUUACUAAAUCAUGGAUACUUAGAAGACGCCAUUAAAACGGAAAACAAAACUUAUAUUGACAACGAAACUGUCACCAAGGUUCUAAAUAAAAUGUGGUAUGGGGAAGAAAUACUUUCAUACCGUCAGAUUGGUUGUUUUAUUUUAUUGGCUUUGAUGCACCUAUUUAUUUUACCUGUAUUGAUGGUUACCAUGGAAAGGCAACCACUUCAAUGGUUUUAUAAGAAAUAUAAUCUGCCACUAAUGAAGGUCUUCUUACAACUGAUAAGUUACUCAGCAUUGUUGAUGGCAUUUGCAUACAUGUUGGUGUUCAAUCUUUACGGAACUUUAUCGUAUACAGAUUAUUUUAUCAUUUGCUGGAUGAUUAGCCUUUUUCUUAAUGAAACAAAACAGGCACGUGUAUCAGUCGUUAGAAAAAGAUUUAAGAAAUAUAUAAGUGAUUGCUGGAAUAUACUGGAUUGGAUUUUAAUUCUUGGAUUCACAAUUGCAUUUUUACUGAAGAGUGGUGCAAAUAAAAACUGUCUAGCCGCUUCUCAGAUAUUGCUGGUUCUGAUUUUUAUCUUGUUUUGUGUUCGCAUACUAAAUAUGUUCAGCUGGUCAGCAUUUGUUGGACCGAAGCUUGUCAUGAUUAGGAAAAUGUUCAAAGACACGUUUGGUUUCAUUGUAAUUAUGACAGUGAUAAUGAUAAGUUAUAAUGUAUCAUUUCACUCUCUGCUGUACCCAAAUACUGACUUCAAGUGGUCAGAAAUAGAAAAAGUGAUGCAAAAUGGUUACUGGACACUGUUUGGAGAAAACAAUGUCAAUAGUGAUGCAUUGACUGAACCUGACUGUACUUUCAACAAAACGAUAUAUUCAAGUGGAGCGUUAAGCAGAUGUCCCGCAACAAUUGGAAUGCAUAUAGCACCAUAUCUAAAAGCAAUAUAUAGUUUGAUUGCUGUUACUUUGUUGUUAAACUUGUUGAUAGCUAUUUACAGUGAUACAUUCCAACAAGUGCAAGUACAAUCUAAGUUUCAUUGGUCGUUACUACAAAAAGAUUUCCUAGAAGAAUACAGCUUGAGGACAAUUUUCCCUAUACAUUUACAACUCAUAGCCUUACCUGUAUGCCUUGUACACUGGUUGAUUUGGUGUAUUCGUAAUUGGUCAAAAUGCUGCUCGAACGAAGAAACAAAUAAUUUCAAAAAGGCUUACAAGUUGUAUUGCAGUCCAAUGUUUGUUCGAGUUUUUUGUUACAACACAAAUUACGACCAGAGAUUAAAGUCUACAGAAUUGAAAGAAACAGAAGCUACAGUAAAAUCAAAAGGGGUCAUCGAUGUUAUCAAAGAAGAAAAAAUAACGGUACUUCAAGAACAAAUGGAAAUCAAGAAUAUAAUGAUGGCAAAUAAAGACGAACUUAAGAUGCAGUUGGAAAUUCAAGCACAAAGAUUCGAGGCACAACAAAAAAAAAAUAUAAAGAAAAUUAAAGAACAACUAAUGACGGUGAAAGUAAGAUCGAAGGAACGUACUAGAGGGUUGGGAAGAGAAGAGAUUGGAUUAGGGGGUAUCUCUGCAAGUAGAGGCAAUGGAGAGUAUGCGCAAAUGAGUCGAACAAGUGAACGCUUAAUGCGGCUAAUGGAAGAACAGAUGAAUAAACUCUGUCAAAUGGAUGAGCGUUUGCAUGAGCUGUAUAGGAUUGAGAAUGAUCAACAAAGUCACUCUGCACAGGUUCAUCAAGAACAAAUGAAAAUUCAGGAUAUAAUGAGGGCAAAUCAAGAAAAACUUAAGAUGCAGAUGGAAUUUCAAACAGAAAGGUUCGAGGAACAACAAGAAAGAAAUCAAAUGAUUCUUCAGAAACUGGUUGAAAUGCAGGAAAAACAAAAUGGUAGCGAUAAAAGUCAGCAGACAAUGGAAUGAUGUCGUCUCCAGAAUCCGCUCAUGCUGUACUGAGAAUUCGCUCAUGCUGUACUGAGAAUCCACUCAUGCUGUACUGAGAAUCCGCUCAUGUUGUACCAAGAAUCCGCUCAUGCUGUACUGAGAAUUCAAAGAAUUGUUGUGUGAUAGAAACUUUAUAUAUAUUUAAACGUGGUUUGCACUUUUGUGACAUUAGAGAAGCCGAGAUAAAAGAAUAAAUAAGUUUACAACUUUAAAUUGUAUGGCAUUAAGUUAAUUGUUUUAGAAUUUAUGCAUCGUAAAAAACUGCAAAAUUAUGUAACUCGUAAAGUUUGCAAGCAAUUAUUAAAUAAUACACUGAAAAAUGGGCUAGCUGUUUAUGUAUCUAAUGCAGAAAAGGGUAAUUAAAUGAGUAAAAAUAAGAGAAAAAAACCUCUGUAAAGUCAUUUCAGCACUGUUUUGUGUGGUGCCCCGCCAAAGAUAGUAGGUGUCAUUGUGUUUUAAUGUCAUGAUGUCAAAUGAGUAAAUGUUCCUGAUAAUAUUGUUCAUUUAUUAGUUCGUAUUCAUGAAACUGUUAUGAUUCUCGUGGAGAAUUUUAUUGUUUAUUAUAAAAUUGUAUUUAAACGAAAUUGGUCUCAUUGAAAAAUGCCUGAAAAUUAUAUGAAUGCAUUCAACUGACAACUGGUCAUAAAAGUAUUAGGUUAGUUGAGACCAGAUGAAAAGCAAUAUUUUGUUUUGGAGUUGCGCUUGUUUUGUCCUAUUGGUGUGUAGGUUUUUUUUAACAUUCUGUGUUUGCAAUGAUUUGUAAUCAUAGUAUGUUAUGUCUACAGUAUAUUGAUAAAUUACUUUGAAUAUGUAAAUAAAAAUAUGUACGUUUUAUAUUUAAAAUAAAAGCCUUUGCAAUUGUA